CACUGUUUGUGUAUAUUUAAUUUAAGGUUAGAGUUGUCAAACAAAGAAUCUUUUUUUGGUAAUUUGUAAUUUAAAAACUUUAUAAUGGAUGACGACUUUGACGAAAGGCCCUGGGAUGCCGUCGAUAGAAUGGAUAAUGAUUCAGAGGGUGGAGAUGAACCCGAAAACCCCGAACAGGUUUUGCAGGAAUGUGCCGAAAAAUUUUCUACAUCCGAUUACAUUAUGGAACCAGGCAUAUUUUCUCAGCUAAAGAGAUACUUUCAAUCGGGAGGAAACCCAUUACAAGUUAUUGAGGAGCUUUCACAAAACUAUACGGCUGUUGCACAAAUGGCCAAUUUGAUUGCUGAAUGGUUAAUAAUAGGAGGAGUAAAAGUGACUGAUGUUCAAGCUAUGGUUGAAAAUCAUUUGAAAGAAAUGAUUUUAAAGACAUUUGACCCCAAGAAAGCUGAUACUAUAUUUACAGAGGAGGGAGAAACACCUGCUUGGUUAACACAAUUAAUUGAACAUCCCACUUGGCGUUCAUUAAUUUACAGGCUUGCUGAAGAAUACCCAGACUGUCUUAUGUUAAAUUUCACCAUAAAACUUAUAUCUGAUGCAGGAUUUCAAGGGGAAAUUACCAGUAUAUCAACUGCAGCUCAACAACUGGAGGUUUUCUCAAGAGUACUUAAAACAUCCAUAACCAGCUUUUUAACCAACUCAGAAGAUUGGCAAAAAUAUAGCAAAGAAUGUGCUAAAAUGGUAUGUCAUGGACAACAUACAUAUGUUUAUAGCCAAGUAGUUAUCCACAUUUUGGCACGAGAAACCAAAGGUGGAAGCAGUAUGAAAAGAUUAUCUCAGGAAAUCACUAAAUGUGCACAAAAAAAUGGCAAUGAUGUAACACCAAUAACCAUGGCCUUAAAUGGAGCUUCUGGAUAUCCACAGGCAUGCCAGGCCUUAACAGCAAUGUUGUCAAAAAAUACAUUAAAUCCAGCAGAUAUAACUGUUCUCUAUAGAAACUACAAUGGGAUGGACCCCCCACCUCUUGAUUUAAUAAGAACUCCACAAUUUCUUGAAUUACUGGUUGAUGCUCUGUUUAAACCUGGAGUCAAAUUAAAUCCUGACCAUAAACCUAAAUAUAUACAUUUACUUGCAUAUGCAGCAAGUGUUUCUGAGACACAACCCAAAAAAGGGCAAAAACGAACGUCAAAUAGAGAAGAACUCCAACCCACAAUCCGCGCUAUUGAAACUGUCAACAGUAUAUGUAAUGGAAACAAAGGUAGUUCAGAGUUGAUGGCGGAUUUAACAACAAUUUAUCAGAGUUUAAGGUUUCCAGUUGUUUCUGUAGGAGUCAUAAGGUGGGUAGAGUGUACUGUCACAGAAUCCAGUUACUUCAAACUCUCUACAGAGCACACACCAAUACAUUUGGCUCUUCUUGAUGAAGUUGUAACAAGUCAUAUGCUUCUGCAUAAUCAGGUUCUUGAAUUAUUAAUUCGGUUAUUUGAAUCCAAACAAGAUGAGCUGGAGAUUUUAGUCCAGCUUGAAAUGAGAAAAAUGGUAUUGGACAGAAUGGUUAAUUUAUUAUGCUCAGGUUGUGUUGUUCCAGUAGUUAAAUAUAUUAAACAAUGCUGGCAAAGAGGAGAUACAGACAUAUCCCUUAUAAGAUAUUUUGUAACUGAGGUCUUGGAAACAAUUGGGCCCCCAUACAGUCCAGAAUUUGUCAAUUUAUUUAUGCCAAUGGUGGAAAAUGAUGAAAUUACAGGAACAAUGAGAGGUGAUGGUGAAAAUGAUCCAGUUUCUGAGUUUAUAGUUUAUUGCAAAGCUAAUUAUACAACUGUAAGUUAAAAUACAGAAGAUUCAAGAGAAGAUUAUAUAUUUACAAUAAAAGUUAAUUUCAUUACAUACAUGUAAUUUAAUUUAAUAUAAAUUUAACCAAGU